AUUUGAUUGCUUGGUGGCCGCUGCUUGCUGAAUGCUUCUUGCCGGCUAUUGCUGUAACCCGAAUAAAAUUAGCAUUAAUUUAAUUCAAUUCAUGGUUAUAGAAGUAAUUUAUGAAAUAAAAUGUGUUGAGUAAAGUGACUUCUACUAGUGGAUUUAUUUUUUUAAGAAAAUAUUGUGAUCAGAAUACAAUUAUAGUAAAAAAUAUGUAUGGGAUAGAAGUCUGCACGAUUUUCUUAUUUAUAAUCAACUAUGUGACUGGCUUGGGAGAAAUAAUAUAUGCCGUUAAUGCUGGAGGACCGGCACAUACCGAUAUUUAUGGUAUUCACUAUGAAAAGGAUCCAUUACAAGGAAGAAUUGGUACCGCUUCCGACUAUGGCAAGCAGUUUGUCAUGAUCGGCAGAGUGAAUUCUAAAGAUGAAAUAUUAUAUCAAACUGAACGUUAUCAUCAUAGCACGUUCGGGUAUGAUAUUCCAGCUAAUAAAGAUGGUGACUAUGUCUUAGUGCUCAAAUUCAGUGAAGUCUAUUUCAACGCUCCAAAUAUGAAAGUCUUUGAUGUUGUUUUAAAUGGGGACCAUACUAUAGUAGCUGACUUAGAUAUUUUUGAUAAAGUUGGCCGUGGUGUUGCACAUGAUGAGUAUAUUCCAUAUUCAAUAAAGAAUGGUAAACUUUAUUACAAUGAUGAAGAAUCUGAUAUAAGAGGAAGUAAAAUCAAAGUUGAAUUUAUUAAAGGAUACAGGGAUAAUCCUAAAAUUAAUGCGUUAUAUGUUAUGAGGGGAAGCAUAGAGGAAGUUCCCAAGUUGCCACCAAUAGUGUGGCCUGAAACUGAGGCUGAAGAACCACGAGAAGCACAAGAGGAAAAGGUCACUAAGUCAAAAAGAGCAAGUGGACCUAAACAGCCAGACCCAUAUUCUAUAGAUGAUAGUUCAGUAAUGGUGCCUCUAUUCAUUACAAUUGGUGCUUUUCUACCACUAUUAUUUUGCCUAUGCAAACUUUAAAUGUAGUCUUUUAGUAAAAUCAUUUCAUUAUAUUUCUAUCAUCUCCAG